UUUAUGUUGCCUAUAGGGCCAUUAUGUUUAUUAAUUCUUGAAAAGCUGUAGCUGUCUGGCUAAGUUGCUACAAAAUUAAUGUGUCUUCAAUAUAUUGUUUGCACGUAGACUACAUAUCAAUCCCCACCUAUGCCAGGCUAUGGCCGUACUGGGGGAGGUGGGGGCUUGUCAUUCAUUCAGUGUAAGAUGUAUUGUCGUGGCUUGAGUGCCCUACUAGCUCUGUGAGAUUAAUGUCAAAACAAUUUUACAAACAGUCAUCAAGUUAGCUCGUAUAGAAGUAUAGAAAACUAGCCGACUAUAGCUAGUAAACUCUGGUAUUUUUCUUCAGUUUGAAUAGCCGCCCUCAGAAAUAUCAUAAACUGCUACUAGGUCACUGUUUAGUUCUUGUUUGAGUCUUUCUUUCUCUACUAUUUUUCCCACAAGAUCUUUGCGUUACCUAGUGACGUGGACGGAGAAGAAGAGAUGUGUGCGUUCUGCUCAACUGGGCCCGAAUGUGAACCACUACCACUCCAAGCGGAAACUGAGCAUCAUGAUGGAGCCGCAGCUGUGGUUCAAUGUGAAAAAGUUUGGCAGAGAGAGAUACUUAAGGUGUACUUCAUGAAUCCUCCAGUCCUAGAUAGCUGGCGUAUUGGAGUGACUACUCAGCAAAUAUUGGACUGGGCUAACGAAGCCUGGCGGAAAGAUCCGAUGAAUAGCAACAUUCCAGAAUUUAACCUAUGUGAAGUAUUAAACAAGGCCGACAUACGAGUCAAGUUUGCAGAGAUGAAAGGUACCAAGUCAGAGGGUUAUUGGUCAAUGGUGGGCAUGCAUGCCAAAGAGUGCGGAAGCAAGCCGACUAUGGUGCUAGAUCUUACUGACGAAUUUAUCAUUGUCAAGCAAAAUAAGAAGCAGGAGAAGUCUGGUCAUCCAUCAGUUUGGACAUGCCUUGGGGUUUGAGCACGAACACCAGCGGUCAGAGUUGUGGCAGGUUUUAAACAAGUACAUUGACAAGAAAUUAAGACAACGAAUGAUUCUGAUCGUUUCAGUACUAAAAAUUCAAAAGAUGGAGUCUCGACAUUUGGCAUGGACUGGACAAAUAUGAAAUUCAGAAAAAGUACACCUUGUCACAAGACUAUGACCCACUCAGCAUCAUGCACUAUGGGUUCGAUGUACACUGGUUCAAGAAUCCGGAUCUGCGUAGACUCAAGUCACUGCGUGAUAGUGGUAUACCAGAGGAAGACGAAGUAAUCAUCGAAGGCCUUCACAAAAGGCAGUUUCUGGCAGAGGAUCCUUCUGUUACAGACCUGAAAUAUUUGGAAGAUGCAUACAAGAGUUUGAUGUGGACUGGCUUAAAAAGAAGGAGCACAAGACUCGAGAUUUAUCAAAAGUGGAGGCUGAUGGCAGUCUCAGUGAAAAAAGACAUCUAAGUUAUGCUAAUGGGCCUUCGAAGAAAGAUCUUGAUUUUCUACAGAAGAUUUACGGUGUUGUGUCCAUCCACAAAAUCAUACAUGUAUAUGUAUAGCUUUACUUAUGCAUUACAUUUUGCCCACCGUUUCCGAUUCUCAAGGUCGAACAUCUAGCUACCCCCGGUUGCUAUUUAAAUUUAACUACUGCAUGCUCUAAGGUGUUUAGCUAUAAUACGAAUAUUUUUGUAAUUUUAGGAGGAGUGUCACCCUCUCCGGCCACAAACAACGCCCAUGGAUCAGCCUCAGGUCAGCUACACUUACAGCUAGCUGCACCUUCCCACGGGCAAAUCAAACUCUCCCCCUCCGACAAGCCGUACCUCAACGCUCUGUAUGACGCUGCGUAUAGUGGAAAGACCAAGUGGUUAGGCAUUGGGAAUUAUCUGGGUUUGUCUGAGUCUGAUUUGGAUGGCAUUCAGAUAAACAAUCAUUGGAACGUUGGAGAUUGUUUCCAUGCAAUGCUGCUGAAGUGGCUUCGAAGCCCUAACUGCUAUCUCGACACUUUCCUGAGUGCUCUCGAAUCAAAGCCUCGUCGGUCUAUAGGCCACCUGUGCUCAAAAGUCAGCACAACCAUCUUAUAAGAAUAGCCUUUCCUGAGCAAAGUAACGAUAGGAAAAGAUCAGCUCAAGAUUGGAACGAUACAGAUACAGAUACGCAUCACCAAGCUAAGAUGCUUUUAUGGCCACACUAAGUAUGCUAGAGGACCAAGCAAAUCGUGGACUAGGAGUUGCCAAGAGAGCACGAAGGUGAUGUCAUAUACCCCCGAGCAAAAUUGAGCGAUAAUUUUGGCUAGCCUAUAAUAUUAUGAUACAUUUUUUCUAUACCAUAAUUAAAUUAUAGAUACUCAAAGUCUAUUUUUGAUAACCCACAAUGCUGAUAA